AUGGGUGUCCUGGAACAACUUAACCGCAAGUCCGGCGUCAUUGUCGGCGACGAUGUCCUCCGUCUCUUCGAGUACGCUAAGGAGAAGCAGUUUGCUAUCCCCGCCAUCAACGUCACCUCCUCCUCCACCGUUGUUGCUUCGCUCGAGGCUGCUCGUGACCAGAACUGCCCCGUCGUUCUGCAGAUCUCCCAGGGUGGUGCCGCCUACUUCGCCGGUAAGGGUGUGAGCAACGGUGACCAGAAGGCCUCCAUUGCUGGCUCCAUCGCCGCUGCCCACUACAUCCGCAGCGUCUCCCCCGCCUACGGUAUCCCCGUCAUCCUCCACACCGACCACUGCGCCAAGAAGCUCCUGCCUUGGCUCGAUGGCAUGCUCGAUGAGGACGAGCGCUACUUCAAGCUCCACGGCGAGCCCCUCUUCUCUUCCCACAUGAUCGAUUUGUCUGAGGAGCCCGUCGACUGGAACAUUGCCACCACCGCCGCCUACCUCAAGCGUGCUGCCCCCAUGAAGCAGUGGCUCGAGAUGGAGAUCGGUAUCACCGGUGGUGAGGAGGAUGGUGUCAACAACGAGGAUGUUGACAACAACUCCCUCUACACUCAGCCCGAGGACAUCCUGGCCAUCAACAACGCUCUCGCUGCCAUCAGCCCCUACUUCUCCAUUGCCGCCGGCUUCGGUAACGUGCACGGUGUCUACAAGCCCGGUAAUGUCAAGCUCCACCCCGAGCUCCUCUCCAAGCACCAGAAGUACGUCGCCGAGAAGACUGGCUCCAAGUCUGACAAGCCCGUCUUCUUCGUCUUCCACGGUGGCUCUGGUUCCUCCAAGGCCGAGUUCAAGGAGGCCAUCAGCUACGGUGUCGUCAAGGUCAACGUCGACACUGACAUGCAGUACGCCUACCUGACCGGUGUCCGUGACUUCGUCCUCAAGAACAAGGACUACCUCAUGAGCCAGGUCGGUAACCCCGACGGUGCUGACAAGCCCAACAAGAAGUUCUUCGACCCCCGCGUCUGGGUUCGUGAGGGUGAGAAGACCAUGAGCAAGCGUGUCCAGGAGGCCCUCGAGGACUUCAACACUUCUGGCCAGCUGUAA